UAAGCUGAUCAGACAGAUGCCGUAUGCAGUAGGGUGUACUCUGUCCCUCUGCCCCCCGCAUGUGUGUAUGUGCAUUAAUGCGAAUGUGACUUAGUCUUUAAUGGCAUGGCGAGGAGGCUACCUGAGAUACGAAGCAGUUGCUAAGAGAAAAUGAUCAAAGAGACAAAACUGACAGGCUUAUGGCAAGGCUAAACUUCAUGUGUGCUUUAUGUGCAUUAGACACACUCGUGUCCAGUGCAGUUCCACAGUAUUGUCAGUGAGAUAACUUAAAAAAUGGAAGACAAAAAAACUCUCAGUCUCAAUAUCUAAAUAAUAAAUGUCUCAGUGAACUGAAAAUUCACUCUGUAACUCUGCAUGACUGAAGAGUCUCGGGAACCACGCUGAUAUUUGAUACGUUCCAUAUUCUAUUUCCUACUAUUACAUUUCCAUGAAAGGAGAUGAAAACAUCCAGUUUCAAAGUCGCUACCGGACGAACAAACACUUUGAAAACAACCUUAUGUAAGUGCCUUCUCAGUGGCUGUUCAAGUAUGGCUAUAUACACAUUUAGUAUGUUGUAUAUCAUAUGAUGAAACACAGUGCAGCAUCGUGCAGUGCAUCUCUUCUCCUCUGCAUGGAGUUACCCUCAUGGCAGCAAGAGCAGCACAACAGCACACUCUGACCCACAUACUCCACUUAGAAGCCUCUUUUCUGAACUACACACAACUCGCAAGAGAUGCACCAACAGAUGCGCGGUGUCCGUCGCGACACUGGGUGUCACGCGGACACUCCUAUGAAGAGCGAACCAUGAGGAAUCCAAAGUACUGUGUGGUCGCUGACUGUCAGAUGCUGCUUCUGAAUGAAGAGGAGGUGCGGAUGCGUUCCUUGUUUUUGCAGGAGAGGCGCUCUGCGUCAUGCAAGGUCCAUCUUCUGCGACGCACCAUAAGCGUUCCAGUGGAAACCCAGUUUCCAGAGUUCCACAGCCAGCUGUCCACUGAGAGCGAGUCUCCUCCAGAGAGGACAGGACGCCGACGCAGCAUGCCAGGCAGCGCCUCAGACAAGGCCGCACCCACCAUGGAGGCCACGUCCACCGCCGCCACACCUUUCAGAGUCACCGUGAGUACUGGCUUUCUAAGUCGACGGUUGAAGGGUUCGAUAAAACGCACCAAGAGUCAACCCAAACUCGACCGCAACUCCAGCUUCAGACACAUCCUGCCUGGCUUCAGGAGCGUCGACAAUGACAGAUCUCAUCUGAUGCCAAGGCUGAAGGAGUCUCGCUCCCAUGAGUCAUUGCUCAGCCCCAGCAGCGCUGUGGAAGCCCUGGACCUAAGUAUGGAGGACGAGGUUAUCAUCAAGCCUGUUCACAGCAGCAUCCUCGGGCAGGACUACUGCUUUGAGGUCACCACCUCCACAGGAAGCAAAUGCUUUUCCUGCCGUUCAUCAGCCGAGAGAGACAAAUGGAUGGAGAACCUGAGGAGAGCAGUACAACCCAACAAGGACAACAGCCGUCGGGUGGAGAACAUGUUGAGGCUGUGGAUCAUCGAGGCCAAGGACCUGCCAGCCAAAAAGAAAUACUUCUGCGAGCUUUGUCUGGAUGACUCACUCUACGCCCGCACCACCUGUAAGCUCAAGGCUGACAACGUCUUUUGGGGAGAGCACUUUGAGUUCAACAACCUGCCCGCUGUCAUGAGCAUCACGGCCCACCUCUACAAAGACACGGACAAGAAGAAAAAGAAAGAUAAAAAUAAUUACAUCGGACUCGUUAAUAUCCCCGUCGCAGCUGUUACCGGGCGACAGUUUGUGGAGAAGUGGUAUCCAGUCAGCACACCCAACCCCCCUAAAGGCAAGACAUCUGGACCUAUGAUCAGGAUCAAGGCACGCUAUCAGAGUAUGAACAUCCUUCCCAUGGAGAUGUACAAGGAGUUUGCAGAGUACACCACCAAUAACUACAUGCUGCUGUGCUCGGUGCUUGAGCCCGGGAUUAGCGUCAAGAACAAGGAAGAGAUGGCGUGUGCACUGGUGCACAUUCUACAGAGCACUGGCAAGGCCAAGGACUUCCUCACAGACUUGAUGAUGUCAGAGGUGGACCGCUGCGGGGAGAACGAGCACCUCAUCUUCAGAGAGAACACAUUAGCAACAAAGGCUAUUGAGGAAUACCUCAAGCUGGUGGGACAGAAGUACCUGCAGGACGCCCUCGGUGAGUUUAUCAAGGCUCUGUAUGAGUCAGAUGAGAACUGUGAGGUGGAUCCGUCCAAAUGUUCAUCAGGUGACCUGCCAGAACACCAGAGUAACCUGAAGAUGUGCUGUGAGCUGGCCUUCUGCAAAAUCAUCAACUCAUACUGCGUUUUUCCACGGGAACUGAAAGAGGUGUUCGCGUCGUGGCGGCAGGAAUGCAGCAACCGGGGUCGACCGGACAUCAGCGAGCGUUUGAUCAGUGCGUCCUUGUUCCUGCGGUUUCUCUGUCCGGCCAUCAUGUCCCCGUCACUUUUCAAUCUGAUGCAGGAAUACCCCGAUGACCGCACGGCACGUACGCUCACGCUCAUCGCUAAAGUCACCCAAAAUCUGGCCAACUUCACCAAAUUCGGUAACAAGGAAGAGUACAUGUCCUUCAUGAACCAGUUCCUGGAGCACGAGUGGACCAAUAUGCAGCGCUUCUUGCUGGAAAUCUCAAACCCAGAGACAAUCUCCAACACGGCAGGCUUUGAGGGGUAUAUCGACCUCGGCAGGGAACUCUCCACCCUGCACUCCCUCCUCUCUGAGGUGGUGUCUCAGAUGGAUCAGAGCGCCGCCUCCAAGCUGGGCCCUCUGCCCAGGAUCCUGCGGGAAGUGAACACAGCUCUGUCUAACCCGUCCUGUGUCCAGAUGACACCCGGACAGUCCUCAGAGCACAUGGGUUCGCCUACCGCUGAGGCAAGUUGCAGCAUCUCGACCGGCCUGCAGAAGAUGGUCAUCGACAACGAUCUGUCAGGAUUGGUCGACUUCACCAGGUUACCCUCCCCAACCCCAGAAAAUAAGGACAUAUUUUUUGUGACAAGGAGCUCAGGGAUCCAGCCUUCCCCAGCACGCAGCUCGAGCUACUCUGAGACCAACGAGCCUGACCUGGGCAUGGCCAAUGGCAGCAAGAGUCUGUCCAUGGUGGACCUCCAAGACCCCCGCAGUCUGGAAAGUGGCCCAGGUCCCAGUACCUCAGACGUCAUGGGUGAAGGCCCGGCCCCUGGUGGCGGCUGGUCAGCUAGAGUCCCACAGGGCAACAUCCCUGGAGGUCCCACCUUGAGGAGGCCAGGCCAGACCCCCACCACCCCAGGUACAGAAAGCACCCCAGGCCGACCCGCCCAGUUACUAGCCCCCCUGUCCUUCCAGAACCCAGUGUACCAGAUGGCCGCUUGCCUGCCCGUGUCCCCUCGUGGAAUGACCGACUCAGGCUCCGAAUGCCACAGUUCCGUCAGUUCCCAUAGCAACAACGAGGACGGACCAGCAGGAGGGAAACACGCCUUCUUGAACCACGGUGGAGGAGGCGGCGGCGGCGGGGGAGGUGGUGGUGGCGGCGGUGGCGGGAGCAGCGGGGACGAGUACACCAGGCGCUCGGGCGAGUUCAACCGCCGACAGCUGUCCCUGACAGAAAUGCAGCACCAGCCCACCGUCCCCAGACAGAACAGCGCCGGCCCGCAGCGGAGGAUAGACCAACCUCCACCUCAGAGCAUCACGCGGGGCCGCACGCCUCCAAACCUGCUCAACAGCGGACCCUACCCCCGGCCGUCCUCCGGCAGCAUGAUGACAUCGUCACCCGACUGGCCGGGCAGCGGGGCUCGGUUACGACAGCAGUCCUCCUCCUCCAAAGGUGACAGUCCUGAGACCAAGCAGAGGGCUCAGCACAAACAGGCCCCCUCCCCAGUGAACCCCAGUGCGCUGGACCGCACAGCCGCCUGGCUAUUGAAUAUGAAUGUGCAGUAUUUAGACCAUGAGGGGAUGGAGCCAGAGUCACUGAGAAACAGAGAGGAUCUGACUCAGGUGGAGAAGUACCAGCAGGAGAUCGCGGUGCUGCAGGAGAAGCUGCGGGCGUCGGUGCAGAAGCUGGAGGAGUACGAGGCCCGUCUGAAGGGUCAGGACGAGCAGGCCCAGAAGGUGUUGAUGGAGUACCAGGCCAGGCUGGAGGAGUCUGAGGAGCGCCUGCGCAGACAGCAGGACGACAAGGACCUCCAGAUGAAGGGCAUCAUCAGCAGGUUAAUGUCAGUGGAAGAGGAGCUGAAGAAGGAUCACUCAGACAUGCAGGCGGUGGUGGACUCUAAACAGAAGAUCAUCGACGCACAGGAGAAGCGUAUAGCAUCGUUGGAUGCGGCCAACGCCCGUCUGAUGAGCGCGCUGACCCAGCUGAAGGAGCGCUACAGCAUGCAGACCCGCAACGGCAUCUCCCCCACCAACCCCACCAAACUGCAGAUUACUGAGAACGGAGAGUUUAGGAACAGCAGCAACUGCUAGACAGACUGGCAUCUGCCCACGAGUGAGUGUCGCGUGCCUGCGUGUGUACAGUUAAUAAACGAGAGGACGUCUAUACGUGCAUGCACGGAUGCAUGCCAGUUUUGAAAGACCGCCAAGAUGUGUGCAAGUGUGCGUGCGUGUGCGUGUGUGUGUAUUUUUAAAAGCGGACAGUACUUUUUUUGGAAGACAUUUCCACUUUUUGGACACAGUGUGGGAGUCAGGACCUCGCUCUGAUUGGGGGGUUAGCCAGCCAAAAAGAGGUGGGAUCUGGCAUGACGGACAGAUCACCAAGAGAACAAGAUCACCAGACGGCCUUCAUCACGAGGGCGACGGCCAGAGGAGGCGGUGCAGAGCUUGUACAUACGAAACUCAAAGCUGUCCAUCAGUCAAACACUUUGCCAGUGGAUGUAUGCAGUCGCUGGGACAAUUCAAGACCCUGCCUACGCCCGGGACGAACCACUAUAUAACCACACACAGCGACGACCGCCAGACAACGGUCGCCCUAGCAACCCUCCUCUCCUCGUCUCUCUCUCUCUCUCUCUCUCUCUCUCUUUCUCUUUCUCUUUAUUCUUCUUCCUCUUGACGACCAAGUGGACCCACUUAAUAACAAUAACACACAUUGAGGAUUAUCACUUUAGUUGUCUGGAGAGGAUUCAUUUCUAGUGCUUUAUUUGAAAAUCAUUGUUUAUAAAGAACCAAAUAGGAGCUAAAAGAAAAAAAGAUAUUUUUAGUCCAAAACAAUCUUCUCUAUUUCCCUUUUCACUCCUCGGGUGUGUUCCUGAACGUCCCACUUCCCCCCCCCACCCUACCCCUCCCCCCCUUUGCUUCCCCCCUCCAUACCUAUGUAGUGCACUUUGUGAAAAGCUAUUGGUACAUGAAACGCCUUAAGUAAGGAACACACCUCGACUUUCUCCCCUGUUUCUGCAAAAAAAAAAAAAAAAAAAAGGCACAACUUAUACUGUGGAUUUGUAAAGAAUACAAAAAUAAAAUUGUACACACUUAAAUGUAUUAUGAAAACUAAAGUAAAUGAAUUCUAUGUGAUACUAUAUUAAUGAAAUUUAAUAUAGAUGUAUGCAUUUCUUUUGUUUGUUUUUUUUUUCUUCUAUAGAAUAUACACACAUAUACCUAUAUUUGAUAAUCUCAAAUAUAAAAGCAGCCCUUUAUUUAGGAGUGAGAUCUAGUUUUAUUUUCUCUGACGAUGAAAGACUGUAGUGUGUAGCUUGCUUUAGAGCCCUGGAGGAAGAGACCACACCAGAGCAGUGAUCAGCACCAUCGCCUCAGCCAAUCCAUCAAAAAAAAAAAAAAAACUCCCAAGACGUUUAACCCUUUACAUACAGUACGCGCUACAUGUAAGAGUAAUUUCUGUAACAGUAGUUCAAACACCUCCGGCGUAGCUUGCACAACUUGCACCGUCAAGUGAUCGGUUCUUCUCCUGGUGCUCGUCACUGCUCCCAAAGACAGAUCAGUUAAACCCAGAUGUAGAUUUUUCGGUUGGCUCAUGAGUUAUAUAUAUAUAUAUAUACGUGUGUGUGUGGUCUUCUUGCUCUAGUAGCACAAGAGCUAUUGAGAGAGACGUGUUUUGGACGCACUCGCUCAUAGUAUACACUGGACUGGUGAGCCAUUGUGCUAAUGGCCUCCUUAGUUACAACAUAUUUCUCUUUUAACUGCUUUGUUUGUCAGUGGUAAUGAAGUAUGCUGCAUCCAAACUGUGACUCUGUUAACCUUAGUGGCAUCAUCUCUCUUCUCAUCUCCUGUCUUUGUCUCUUUUUCUUACCCCCACCCCACCCACUCCACCCCACCCAACCAACCCUCCACCCGGUUCUUCUGAAUGUGAAGAUGCUAACUCACAGUCGGUCUUAAAGAGGUCCUUCAAAUCGUUCCUGUCAUCGCUCUCAGAUCCCAUAGCUCCAUCUCAGCAUCUGUAUUUUGUAUAUUUUUGUAUUCAUUUUUCUUACCUGUAACAGACUAUAGUGUGAGGCUCUGCAUGCUUCAUCCUUGCUCUAGAACCAAUGAUAGCAUUGGUAUCACUAUUUGUUUUCUUUUGUUGCCAAUUGGAAGGUGGUGAUGAUGAUGAUGAUGAUGAUGAUAAUGAUGAUGAUGUUGAUGAAUGGCUUGCUGCAGACAUAUACAGUAAAUAUAUAUGAUAACUGAGUGUAUCAAGAGGCUGGACAGCCUGGGAAAGUGUAAAUAAAAUGCUCACACUAUUUUUACCUAAUGUUAACAAGAGCUUUUUGUAAAUGUAUCUUGUGCUCAAACUCUGCUGUAUCAUUAUGGAUAUUGUAAAUACAAAAUAGCUCAGUCGGUCACCUGUCCUCACUGGGUAGAACUAUACAAUUAAAUUAACCUUUCAGUGUUCUCCCUGUUAAAGCUAUUGUUUUUUAUUGUAUUUAGAGUGUAAUAUCACUAGCCAAAAAAAAAGCUGACUAGGUAAGUAGGAGUUUGACUCUUGGGAAGUCGUGGAGGACGCCUCGUUGGUUUCAGGCCAAGCAGUCCAGUCUCGAUGAGAUUCGCAAGCACAAUCCUGUAUUUCUCAUCAGUCUAGCUCGAAGCACUUUUAUGUUCAGUGGUUGGUGUUUAUAAGUAGCUUUUCUUUUUUUUUUUUUUUUCUUUUUUUUUUCUUUUGAGCACGAAACCUGUUUGAGAUGUUUAAAAACUUGGUUAAGUUAAAGUUAAAAACCGAAAGAAAGGGAUUUUGGUAUGAUUAUUCACAAACUGCUAUAUCAGUGCAAACACAACUAUUUAGCUUUUUUUUUCUGUUUGAAUAGAAAAGAACAGCCUCAAACUGAAGAUACUGGACUUUUCUCCUCAUCAUAUCUUACCAGGCAUUCAGUGCCAAAACAAUAUUGUACAACUGCAGUUUAAAAUGAGACUGUGUAACUUUUAACAGAAGGAAAAAACACAUUUUGCCUCUCAUGAAUAAAAAGUUGAAUUCUAAAGCAAUAAAACGCAAUUCACACACUGUCAUAACCACUAGCAUUUGGUGGCUAUUAGCAAAUUUUACAGAGAUUUUGCUGUAUAAGGCACAAUACUGAUAAAGUUCAGACUUAUUUGUGUUACUGUUACAAUAGCUUAGCAUUUUUCUGCUAAACAGUCGAAGAUUUGACCGCUACAGCCUUAUUUGGUCUAUUAUAAACAGUAGCUUUUGGUGGCUAAGGUUAGCUAAUGUUACCUAAUUUUAGGUUUGCUGUAUAAUGCUCAUGAUUCAAAGCACUGACUUUUCUCCACUUGCUACUGUUACAAUAGCUUAGCAUUUUAGCCAAAUUCUUCGCUAAAUGCCAAACAAUUGUUGAGCUAAAUGCUAAACUGCUCAUUAGCAUGACAGCGGAUUAGCAUUUAGCAGUGGUCGAUAUUCAGCAAAAGUUACACAGUCUCACUUUAAACUGUAGUGUACAAUAAUAACUGAUAAAAGGCUGUCACAUAUAUAUCGCUACACAUAUUGGUUUCUAAUUUAAGUACUCAGCUAUCAGUUCUUUUAGCCCAUCCGUGUUCCCACCUCUGAUCUAAUUUUAUUGAGUUUACGGAGUCAAAAAACCAUGAGCUCACUCCUCACACAGUUAAGCCAGUCCGUCAGAAAGAUCAAUCAAAAAUAUAAAGCUAUAAAUAAAGUAAAAGAUGUUGUAUGUUUUCUAUUAUCUUGUAGAAAAUACUUUUGUAAGUAUGUUGAAAGUAUAAAGUAUUUGCUGGAUUCUGCUUCCUUUGACGACAGUGACAAAACAAUAAUGUACAGAGGAAUUUGUGUUGACAAACUGUGGCUGUGCAAUUUAUGUACAUUUGCAACUAGACCUAUUAAAGUUUUAUUUAGCUAUUUUAAA